ACCCUAUUGGUUCAUAAAGGCUGAAAACACUGACACAAACCCCGGACGAGAUACACACAGCGUAUCCUGCCAUAGUAGUUAUUUCAAUAAUUUAACCAUCGGACGGGAAGGCGGUGGUCAUGAGAGUUGUAGUAGGAGGUGGAUCUGGCUUUGUGGGCCGGGAGCUGACUCGUCUGCUUAGGAGCAAAGGUCAUGAGGUUACAGUGAUUUCUCGUCAGCCUGGCCCAGGGAAGAUCACAUGGAGAGACUUGGAGUCUAAUGGCCUCCCAUCAUGUGACAGUGCUGUCAACUUGGCUGGGGAGAAUCUCAUGAACCCACUGCGAUGGUGGAAUGAAAGUUAUAGAAAGGAUUUAUUCUCCAGUCGCAUUGACACUACAAAAGCUCUGGCCCAGGCCAUUGCUGCUUCACCUGAACCUCCACACUCCUGGGUCCUGGUUUCAGGUGUAGCUUGCUACAAACCCAGUCUGACAGCUGAGUAUACAGAGGACAGCGAAUGGACUCCGUUUGAUCUGCUUUCAAAACUUGUGAAAGAAUGGGAGGCCUCUGCACUCCUGCCAGAUAAUGUGUCAAAAACCACCAAACAAGUUGUCAUCAGACCUGGGGCAGUGCUAGGCCGUGAUGGUGGAGCUAUGAAGCAAAUGUGGCUGCCUUUCUGGUUGGGUCUUGGGGGAACUCUGGGAUCUGGACGACAGCCGUUUCCUUGGAUCCACGUCUCAGAUCUGGCAGGAAUCAUCGCUCAUGCCCUGGAGCCCCCUGUCGAUACUCCCUCAUCGUCACCGCAGGUUUUUAAUGGAGUUGCACCUGCACUGAAUACCAACUACGAGUUCACUAAAGAAAUGGGACGAGUCAUGAGGCGGCCCACUGUGUUCCCUGUGCCGGGCUUCGUCAUGAACACCCUGAUGGGCUCUGAGAGGGCAGUGGUUCUCACCCAGGGCCAGAAAGUCAUACCAAAGAGGACCCUGGAGGCUGGAUUUCAAUACAAAUACCCAGACUUGACCUCAGCUCUGAAAGAAAUACUUGGGAGUUAAUAUGAAGAAAGUGUAAACAUGUGCUGAUUUUUAUGAAGUGUGGAAAUUACAAUAAAAAAAUUAUCAGAAAAGUGA